GACAAAAACACCAACCAAUAGAAAAAAGACUUUCCUCUAGCUUCUCAAAGCCGCUGCCCGUUGCCCGCUUUCCUACUUGCCACGUGAACCUUCCAUGAUCUGCUGCUCCCGAUUUCACCGAUUACACUAAACUCAACGAAUACAAGACUGCCACGUGUAAAUAGUCAACGCUCCUUGACUUACCAACUCUAUGUUAAUGGGACAGUUGUGACGCCGCUACGAAAUAGUAAAAGAACAAAGAAGCAAUGAACCAUCACAGGUUUCGGUCACAGACAGCUUGACAGUCGCUCUCUGCUCGGCCCCCUUUCUCUCUCUAGGCUUUCUUUCUCUCACUUCAAAGUUCUCUAUCGGCGCCUCGCCUGAAUCCACCGCAUUCGUCGGUCGCCAUGGAUUUCAUCAUCUGUGGCGCAUCGAAGCUCUUGUUUGCUAUAUUUGUUGUUAUGCUAUUCGCGAUUGCCUCAUCUGCAUUGCCGGAAAAUUCCAAUUCUAAUUCCAGGUCCUCAUCUCCGGCUGUGCCCGGCCAGAUCAACUCCAAUUCUAUCCUGGUUGCUUUACUGGACUCUCAUUAUACGGAGCUGGCCGAGUUAGUUGAGAAGGCUAUGCUGUUGCAGACCCUAGAAGACGCCGUCGGCAGCCGGACCUGGCGGAGCACAUCGCCAUUUUAACGGUGAGAGACAAGUUAAAGAUUUCAUCCAAACUCUGCUACACUACGGUGGCUACAACGAAAUGGCCGACAUCCUGGUCAAUCUAACAUCGUUAGCCACUGAAAUGGGGCGACUGGUAUCGGAGGGUUAUGUGCUAACUGUUCUGGCUCCGAACGACGAAGCCAUGGCCAAACUAACCACCGACCAGUUGAGCGAGCCAGGAGCACCUGAGCAGAUUAUGUACUACCAUUUAAUACCCGAGUAUCAGACGGAAGAGAGUAUGUACAACGCUGUUAGGAGGUUCGGGAAGGUGCGAUACGACACCUUGAGGUUGCCGCAUAAAGUGGUGGCUCAAGAGGCCGACGGGUCGGUGAAAUUCGGCAAUGGAGAUGGGUCGGCGUAUUUGUUCGAUCCUGAUAUUUACACGGAUGGACGGAUCUCGGUGCAGGGCAUUGACGGGGUAUUAUUCCCGCCGGAGGAGACAGAGGCCAAGGACGCACCAAAAACGGUUCAACCCGCUAAGGUGGUGGCCAAGCCCCGCAGAGGGAAACUACUGGAAAUUGGUUGCCGGAUGUUGAGAACUUUUGGACAGGAUUCUUCUUUCACAGCUUGUCACUGAAGUCUGUAUUGGUUGAUUAAAACCAAAAGAAGAUUUGCUAGAACGUGAUAGGAUCCAGAUGGUGCAAACACAAAGGAAGUUCUGUAAGGACAACUCAAAGGUCAGAUGUUGUAUAAUGUUAAGCAACUUUGGUGGGCUGCUGCUGGUAGGAGAAAAGUCUGUGUAGCUUUUAUAAUUCACCAUUAUGGAGUACAUAAUGUAAGUCUAUUUUGUAUACCUUAUUCAUUGUCAGUGGUGGAGGUGGGAUCUGUUAGUUGUGUUGUGUCUGGCCAACACGUGUGGGCAGGUAACUUGCACACUUCUAAUCUGCCUCAGUCAAUAAUUUGAAAUAAAAUGUAUUAUGGAGUGCGAAAUGAAAAAUUCUUUCUGUUACUUUCAUUUAAA